AUGGCAAAUACACGAAAAGAACUUCCUGUUUUGCGGGAAGAACAAGUAAUUGUUGAGGCGAUCAACAAUAGUUCUCGGACAUGUGUUCUUAUAUGUGGUGAAACAGGAAGUGGGAAAACAACACAAAUUCCCCAGUUUUUGUGGGAAUGUGGGUAUGGCGAUGCAAAGGGUUCAGCCUUUGCAAGAGAAGGAGCUAUACUUGUUACAGAACCUAGGCGCGUGGCUGCAGUUUCAAUGGCAAAACGUGUUGCUGAAGAGUUAAAUACUUCAUUUGGAGGAAUGGUGUGUUAUCAUGUGCGAUAUGAUAACAAUCUUUCCGAUAAUUUCAAAGUGAAGUUUGCUACUGAAGGCAUUGUCUUAAAGGAGAUUCAAUCGGAUUUUUUAUUAACCAAAUACAGUGUUGUGGUGGUGGAUGAGGCGCAUGAACGUAGUGUUGCAGGGGAUAUUUUGAUUGGUCUUUUAUCACGAAUCGUACCAUUAAGAAACGAUCUUUACUUGGAGGAACUGAGAAAACAUAAGGGUAUAGCGUCAAAAGCGACGGUAAAACCUCUUAAAUUAGUUAUUAUGUCUGCUACAAUGAGAGUUUCCGAUUUUAAAGAAAAUCAGCGCCUUUUUCCUAUUCCACCACCUUUAAUAAAUGUGGAGGCUCGUCGUUUUCCUGUAACGAAUCAUUUUGCAAAGAAGACCGAGUUAAAAAAUUACCUUGAUGAAGCAUUUCGAAAAAUUUGUCAAAUACACAAGAAAUUACCUCCCGGAGGAAUUCUUACUUUUCUUUCUACACAGCAGGAAAUCGAAUCGCUAUGUGGACGUCUCCGCGAACAUUACACCAAGACGCGAAUUGAAUACUACGAAAAGGACUAUUCAAAACAUAGUUUGCUUCCUCACCGACGAGAUGCGGGUAAUGAUGACAUGGAUUCGGAUUCUGGGAAGGAUGUGGCUGAAGCUUCUGAUGCAAAGGACGAAUUUGGUCUCGGUAUUGAAGACUAUGCAUUGGAAAAACCAGUUGAAAACAACGAUGCGCAGAUUUUAGGAAAAAGGCUUAGAGAUGCUACAUAUGAAGAAGAAGAGUGCUCCGAGGAAGAUGAGGUUAAUGGGGAGCUAAAUUCAUUACAUAUUCUUCCGCUUUAUGCACUCAUGGAUUUUUCAAGGCAACAAGAAGUGUUUCAAGAACCUCCAAGAGGAAAACGACUUUGUAUUAUUGCUACGAAUGUAGCUGAAACAUCUAUUACUAUUCCAAAUAUUCGUUAUGUGGUGGAUACGGGUCGUGUGAAAACGAAGACUAUAGAUGAAUCAACUGGAGCAAGCUGCUUUUGUAUUACGUGGACAAGUCAAGCAUCUGCAGAACAACGUAGUGGACGUGCAGGACGUAUGGGGCCUGGACAUUGUUACCGUUUAUAUAGCACGGCUGUGUAUUCCAACAUCAUGCCAAAGCAUAGCUCGCCUGAAAUUUUGAGGACAUCAUUAGAAUCAGUGGUAUUGUUGAUGAAGCACCUCGGUAUUGAUAAUGUUGGGUCAUUUCCUUUUCCUUCACCUCCAAAAGAAAAUGACUUAAAACGCGCUUUAACGCAUUUGACGCUUAUUGGUGCUUUGGAUCCCCAUGGUGAACGACGUAUUACCACGUUGGGUAAACGUUUGAUGGCGUAUCCGAUUCCGCCUCGUUUUUCACGGGUACUUUUGGAAGCCUUGGACCGUAAACUUCCCGACUCCGUUCUCACCAUGGUAAUUAUCAUAGCAGCGGUUUACUCAACAACUACUAGUGUAUUUACCGGUGAGGGAAAUCGCUUGAAAUGGAAAACAAAUGAUUCUAACAACCCGGAUGAUGACCGCCGAUCCCUUGUAUCCUCUUUGCUAAACCCUGGAAGCGAUCUGAUUACUUCUUUAAAUGCCUUUGGAGUGUAUUUAACUGAUACUUCUUUAGGUAAUUGCCAUCGGUACUGUAUGGUGCAAAAAAGUCUUUCAGAGGCCCGUCAACUGAAGCAGCAGUUGCAGGCAUUAAUGAGUCACGAUAAAGUUGUGGAAGAAGUUGAUGACACGCUGGAUGUCAAUGAUAUUGGAACAAUGGACUCUGGGCCACACUUCAGUGAUCAUGGUUUGGUUAAACUCUCAAAGGAGCAGGAAAUAAGCAUAAGAAAAUUGUUUAUUUAUGGACUUGUAGAUCAAGUUGCCCGACGGGCAACAAUUCAGGAGUGUCGCUACCACGGUGUAGAGUACAAAGAUAACAAGGCAACGAAAGCUCCAUAUAUUCUCUUGGGUCACUCCAUGAUUUCCUAUAUUCAUCCAACAAGUUCUAUAGCGCGAACAUUUCCUCCUCCAGAGUAUGUCACGUAUGCUUUUUUGCAACGAUCCGUACGCUCUGAAAGGAAGGAACAUGCGACGAUGAUGCUAGGUUUAACCAUUGUAACUAAAGAGUGGUUACAUGAUUGUGGUGUAAUUCUCGAAUAA